CCUCCUCUGCUGCUCCGCCGGAAACAGAAAAAAAUACCAAGGAGGGAGUAGAACAAUCGUUGUUAGCUGUUGCAUACACAAAGCUGCUGCUACUGCUCGUAAGCUUGCAGCCAGCGGCGUGCCUCUAUUGAGUCUGGCGUGUAGGAGCUGUCUUUUCAAUUAUUCUUAAGUUGUGUGUUGGCUCUCUCGCAGUUUCGGUAUCGUUGGUAGCUUCAUUACGUGCUGGCUGUCGUUAGCCGAGUAAUCAGCUACAGCUGUUGGCACGUUUAUCGCCAUUUUGCGCCUUCAACGGUUCAAGACUUCGAGCAACAAGCAUGGCAGAGGCAGACCGACCUGGGAAGCUCUUCAUCGGUGGACUGAACACCGAAACCACCGAGAAGGCCCUGGAGCAGUACUUCAGCAAAUAUGGCAGGAUUGUGGAAGUUCUUUUGAUGAAAGACCGGGAAACCAACAAAUCAAGAGGCUUCGCUUUUGUUACAUUUGAAACUCCAGCUGAUGCAAAGGAUGCAGCACGGGAGAUGAAUGGAAAGUCUCUUGAUGGCAAGCCAAUCAAAGUGGAACAAGCUACUAAGCCCCAGUUUGAGAGUUCUGGCAGGCGAGAGUUCUCCCGCAGCCGUGGUCCACCCAGAGGCCCACGUGGUUCCAGGGGUGGUCCUGGUGGUAUGAGAAGCCCACCACCAAGAGACUACUAUGAUAAUUCAGGGAAUGUAGAACCCUUCUUUAAAGGAAUGUCAUCCAGAGGACCGCCAUUGAAGAGAGGACCCCCGGUUCGAAAUGGAGGUCCACCACCAAAGAGAACUGCCUCUUCUGUCCCCAUGAACAGACCCCCCAUGUCAAGGGACAGGGAUCCCUAUGGUCCACCCACACCUCGCAGGGACUCCAUGAUGUCCAGGAGGGAUGAUUUUUCAUCACCAAGAGAUGACCAUUACAACUCAAAAGACAGAUACUCGAGUGGGGAUUAUAACUCAAGAGAUUCAAGAGACUACGGCCCUCCACCCCGAGAAUAUUCAUACAGAGAAUACUCCAAUUCCAGCUCCAGAGAUGACUAUGGGUCAAUGUCCAGAGGCUACAGUGACAGAGAUGGCUAUGGUGGAGGCCGCGAAACAAGAUAUAUGGACCGUUCCAGUGGUGGCUCCUACAGAGAGUCAUAUGAAGGUUACGGUAACUCUCGUGGCGCCCCACCUGCAAGGGGCCCCCCACCAUCCUAUGGUGGGAGCAGUGGAAGCAGUCGUUACGAUGACUAUGGCAGCAGUUCCCGGGAUGGCUAUGGCAGUCGAGACAGUUACCCCAGCAGUCGGAGUGACCCAUAUCCACCUAGCCGUGGUGAGCGAAUGGGCAGGCAGGAGAGGGGCCCGGCUCCCCCUGUUGAGAGAGGCUACCCUCCUCGUGAUUCAUACAGUGGCUCAAGUCGUGGAGGGCCACGUGGUGGCCGCGGUGGCAAUCGACCCGAUAGAGGAAUGUCUCGCAACAGAUACUGAACUGGACUUGAAAACCACACAAAAGCAGAAGUUCUCUUCCUGCACAGUUAACAUAGUGUUUUGGAACAAAUCUAACGACACAAACUAGCCAUGUCUAAAUCUGUGGAGCUUAGCUUUGAAUCUGUUUCUUGACUUCCCAAGUUUUUAUGUGUAAACUUUUUUGUUUAUUGUUUUUUUUAGUAUUUCUCUUGCUCAUAUAACAGUGCCGUUAACAAGUGGGUGUUAGUUUUUGUACGUUCAGUGCUUUUGGAAUCUGCAAUGCCCUAUAAGUCUGGCUUUCCUACUCUAAUAAAGCUUUUAGUUGAACCUGAA